UACUUAAUGAAUGUUUGCUUGUUGAAUUUGUAGGAGAAGGUAUCUUGGGAUCCUCGUGAUCAAGCUUUUGUCUAUCGCGUGUUUGAACAAAAAGGAGCUAAACGACUAACAGACAUGCUUACAAAGGCAAGGAAGAAAGGGCGGCCUAAAUGGAUAAGUGUUGAUGCUUGGACUGGUCUUGAAACCUACUGGAAAACAAACCCAAAUUUUUUGAAAUCCUCCAAUCAAAAUAAGGCCAAUCGAGCUUCAACAAAAGGUGGAGCAGUCCACACCUCAGGCCGCAAAGCUCAUAUUGAUGUGGCGCUUGAGCUCUCCAAUAAUCUUCAAAGGGAUUUGGACCCUGAUGAAUUAUUUAUAUAUACUCACAAGAGGAAGACCGGUGAAUGGGUUGAUAGUAGAUCAAAGGCGACCUAUGAAUCAUUUAAAAAGAAAGUAAGUACAGUACAAGCCCAAAUUGAUGAAACAACUGGAGAUGGUGUGCAAGAGGUUGAUGGAGGAACAAAGCUUAGGUUGUGGACCGAGUCUGCAGGGGGUCGUACUCGUGGUCGAGUUUAUGGUACAGCAGACUUGUCUGUCAACCUUCGGCGUGGGUGCACGUCAUUUACUCAAAAAUCUCGAGAUCAUCAUGGUUCCAUGUAUGAGAUGUCUUUGGAGGCGGAGAGGGCAGCUAGAGUUAGAGCUGAGGAGAAGGCUGCUAUAGCUGAGAAGAAGGCUGAUGAUGCAUUAGCUCAAUCUCAAAUGGCUAUAGACCUAAACAAGCAAAUGAUGAUUGAAAUAGCUGAAUUUAAAAAAUUUGUUAUGGAGCGCGACCGUCGAUCGGGUAACGGAUCAUGUAGUGCCACCCAGCCUCUUUCACAUCCUCAUUAUGAUGACAACUUGGAUGACCAUUCAUUGCAUAGUGACUCUUGACUUUGGUUGUUUUAGACUAGUUUUUAGUACUAGAACGACUUUUUUUGGACGUGCUAAUUUUUUUUGGUAAUAUAUUAUAACA